GAAAAAUGCCCGUAUCGAAUGAAGCGGUGAACCAGGACAGUCGUGCGGCCCAUAAAGAUUUAUCAUGCAGUAUAAGAAGACGACAUGCAUGGAUUGAACAUUAAUAUCACACUCGACUAUAAGUCUUUUCGUAUUGAAAAAUCUUAGCAAAAUGGGCUGUGCACCAAGUCAAGACGCGCCUAUAGGAGUUCUGGAUCAGAAUGGGCAACCUAGAAACCAGCAAACAGAAAGAGCAAAGAGUAACAAUGUACCAGUUAAAGAAGAAGUUGAGCAAGUUGAUCCUAAAGUAGCUGUAGUGAAGAGUACUGAUGCUGUUGAGUCUAUCCCCAACCAUACACUGAAAACAUCUGAUGUUGAGGAGCUUUCUAUCCCGGAUCAUACGACUCAUGACUCGCAACCCGAAAAAGAGAAAUCAGAUCUGAUUGAAACAAAUAGUGUGAUCUCUGAUGAUGGAUCUAAACAUGAUCAAAGUCCGAUUGUGAUCCCUGUGGGAGAUCAGGAGGAGGAAAUACAAGGAGAGGACAAUCACUCCGGCAUUGCUGAAGUGAAUAGUAAAGACGACACUGUUUUAUUGACUGAUGCAAAGGAGGAAUCGCAGGAAGAUGGAGUUGUUCAGGAAGAUGGAGUUGUUCAGGGAGGUGGAAAUACUCAGGAAAGUGGAGAACCAGAGGAUAAGGUAGAAAGUCAAGGGAGAGAUAAUGAGGAAAGUGGAGAACUUCAUGAAGAGGGAGAUAAUCAGGAAAAUGGAAAACCUCAGGAGGAGGUGGAUAAUCAGGAAAGUCAAAAUGGCUCUGAAAACACUGCUCCGAGGAGUGACGUUGACACAGGAAAUCAGGUAGCAGUGUUAGUUACUGCUAAACCUGAUUCAUCUGAAGAGACUGAUGAGGCAGAAGAAGAUAACACUGUGAGCGAUGAGGAAAACAUAGUGACCGACCAAACUGACCUCCCCAGUAUUCCUCCCAACCCACGCCCAGCAAAAGGUGCAUCCAUUUAUAAUUCCAACAACUCAAAAUGGCCAAUCAGGAAUUAUGUCAAGCUGAAUUUUUCAGUAAAUGCUCACUAUGGUGGAUGUGCAUCCCUUCUACUUUGUUCAAACAGUUAUGGGAGCAAGGGCGAGGAGACUACUGCAGAAAUCUUUCUCAUGCGAUCAGGUUUUGAUUGUAAUCAUCUUGGAACUUCAAGCAUUGCCAAAGGAAAUUCUGGUCAUUUUGGUUGUCAAAACUACUUCAUGACAAAUGAAGAAGGAUUUUUAUUGGGUAACUUGAUGUUUGGUACGAAUACUGUCCUUGUGUUGUCAAAUGAUUGCCAAUAUGGUGAUCUGAGUAACGGUAUCCAGACCAGCUAUCCACCUGGUGAUGAUGGCCGCUACAGUCUCCUCACAGACGGCAAUGCCACUCUCUGUAUGCUGGUUCUUUGUAGUUGUCCGGAGGGCAAUGCUGCGUAUAUGGUGCGAACAGGUUUCAAGGGCAACUUUGUGGAGGCCAAACUGAUUCAUGGGGAUGAUAAAUGGAAGUUUGGUGUGAACAGCCAUGCAGAAGUAGAUGCUGAAGGACCAAAAGAUUCCUAUUUCUCUAUUUAUGCCAACAAAACAGACAAAUAUGUAGGUGAAAGGAAAGCUGAGAAGCCACGAGUUCACUUCACCCAAGCUACAGAUGGUCAAGAGCCAACACUCGUCCUUGACAACCAGGGACCUGGUGUUCUAAUGAUUCUGUGCUCCAACAGCCAUGGAACAGAAAAUAACACAACAGCUGCUGUCUACAUGGUAACCAUCUCAUCCAGUUCCGAAGUGUCCACCAAACUUGUAGCUAGUGAAGUUGGAUCAGGCUGCUCCAAUGCUGACCUCUGGGUAUUCGAGUCUGUUGGAGGGAAGUGUAUCAAUGUUAAGGGUCCCCCAGGGCCCUGUAGGUACGCCACGCUAUCUAACUUGCAGGUGGACAUUGGAGAAACAAAGUUCAACCAGACCUUAUGCCUAGGUACUGGGGAACCUUCCACUCUUCGGGGCCAGGUGGUCAUCACCGACAAAUUUAUAAAGGGAAUCUUGGACCGACCAUCUAAAGUUCACAUUAAAGUCAACCACGCAGUUGUAGCUUCAUUCAAGCCAGGACAGCUAAGACAAGUUAAAGAUGGAUAUGCCUUCUGUAGAGAGUGGAAACAAGGGGAGAUAACCAUUGGCACAUCCCUUGUGAAGGUCUUUGCAUCAAGAAGUCAUGUCACUAGUGGGAAGAAUGUGAUGUUAGAACUGAAUGGAUCACCUAAAAUGAUCAUCACACAGAAGGAGGGUGUGGUCUACACAUGCAACAGUGGUGGUUACGACUACACUAGUGUCAAUGAUAUCACUUACGCCAGUGAACACAAGCAGUUUUGCCAGUAUGACACAAUUGACAACAAUGGAUGCAGAUACUCAACGUACGGUGAAGUGAAGGUGCAUAACACCAUUCCGUCCCUCCUAAUGGCCACUCAUGAUGGGGCUCUGUACGCUACACUACGUCACUUCUCCACGGAGGCCAUUGCUGAACAGAAGGUUCACUAUGAUGUUGCUGUCCCAAACGGUUCCUACAUAAUCCGGUUUCACUUCAUACACAGGAUUUCCCCAGCUGCAGAUUUUGUUUGUAAUGGGAACAAAGUUUCCAAAUAUAUCAAGCAGGCCUCUGAUUCUGCAAAAGACUUCCUGAAGGAACACAGUGGCUAUACCACAUACAUAGCUGAUGUGCCAUUGGAGGUCACUGACGGCAAGUUGACCAUCAGAUCCAAUAAGCAGGCGAUCUGUGCAUUUGCUCUUCUUGACAAGAAGAAGUACAAAGAAAAAGAACAGUCACCGGAACAACUCAAAGAAGAACAGUCGGAGAAGCAGAAACUCAUGGACACGAUUGACCCUUUGGUUCGCUCACUUACUAGGAAGCAACUUCAAAUUGUAGGCUGGUCUGCCAACCUGUUGAAAAAUGGAAGUGGAGAGGAGGGAGACAUGUCACACUGGAACACCUCUGGAAGCUGGAAUGUGUGUGAGGGAGGCUACGGUACAGAGAAAGCCUUCCAGACGUCUCAUAUGGGCUGUAAAAAAUAUCAGGAGGUGAACCUGUUGGAGCAUUUCUCCGAAGAAUAUCUGGACACAUCUCCAGACAUCCAGGUAUCUGAAUGGUAUAGAGAAGGUGUAUGUGGCGGAGGUUUCUAUAGCUAUGAGGCUAGGCUGUUGAAAGCAGAUGGCAAUGCCAUUGAUUCUUAUAGCACAGGAAAAAUUGGAACCAUCUACAAGGAUAAAGCUUGGCAAAACGCUACUUCUACAUUCAAAGAUUACGGACCAGGAGUGCGCAUGGUUGGCAUAACCUCAAAUGGUAAGGAUGAUAAGAACUGGGCUGGUCACUAUGGGCCACUGAUUUCCACGUCUAUAGUGAGGGUGAAGAGAGAGACACACCCCGCGCCUGACGACAGCUUCACAGACAUACAGUUAAUUCCAGAGGCGGCAACAUUCACGGUCAACAGAGACAAACUUGUUGUGAAGAUGUUCGCUGACAACAAGGAUUUGAUCAUGGAACUGGUAGAGGACAAAAUGCUUGCUGAACCUGAUAUCACAAACCAGGAAUAUGUACCUUCUAAAAAGAGAACGCCGAGGAAACACAGAAAGAGAGAGAUCCGUGUUUUUGUGUCAAGUACUUUCAAGGAUUUCAGUGAAGAGCGAGAACAACUCAUCAAGAAAACAUUUAGAGAGAUCAACAAAAUGUGCUCUGAGCGAGGUGUUUUCUUUACCUAUGUGGAUUUACGAUGGGGAAUCAGUGAGGAACAGUCAGAAACAGGACAGACCAUCGCCAUCUGUCUGCAGGAGAUUGACCGUUGUCGGCCAUACUUCUUCUGCAUGCUUGGCCAGAGGUUUGGCUGGUCCAAGCCCGAAGACAAAGAGGAUGAGGCUCUCAUGAAGAGUUUUGACUUUGCUAUUGAGAAUCACCCCAACCUUGCUUGGAUUGAGGAAUAUAGGGACAACACUAGUGUCACACAGCUGGAGGUGCUUCAUGGUGUGUUGAAUGACAUUCAGGGAAAUAAAAAUCGGAGUUUCUUCUAUCUUCGCGACCCUCCAGAGCAAUCUGAGAUGAGCGAGUCUGAAUUUGUUAAAAGAUCUUCCGAGUCUCCAUGGCAUAGUGAUCGCGUAUCUCAGCUGAGGACCAGAGUGGGAACAAAUGAUGAAAUCAACUCUCGCAGGUUCGCCAGCCCAGAGGAAGUCUGUGUUAUGAUCAAGGAGGACCUGGAGUUCUGUGUCAAUGAGGACUUCCCCCUGGGUACAGAGUUAACUCCCUUGGAACGUGAACAGGAAGCUCACCAGGCAUUCGGUGAUGCACGAACACAGGUGUACAUCGGACGGGAACAGUACUUUGUUGACAUUGACAAGGUCAUGGAGGAAGAACGCGAUCAGCCGUUCGUCUUACUUGGGGAAUCAGGAUCUGGAAAGUCGGCCCUAGUGGCUAACUGGGUGAAGCGUGUUCGUGAGAAGUAUAAAGACAGUUUCGUCUUCAUCCACUUUAUUGGCAGUUCUGCGGAGAGUGCCUCUCACCUAAAAUUAUUGCGCAGGUUGUAUGAGGAACUCAAGAACUUUUUUGACAUUGACUUGAGUGUGCCGACUUCUGACACAAACUUACUCCUCGACCUGGGUCGCUGGAUCAGAUUGGCUGCCUCACGAGGAAGAUGUGUGAUUGUGUUUGAUGCCCUCAAUCAGCUCAAUGAUGGAUCAGGAGAGGAAGGUAGUGAGCAUGACCUGGUGUGGAUACCUAGGACCCUGCCUAAAAAUGUGUUUAUGUUGCUGUCUACACUUCCUGGUCGGGCAUUUGAUGCAGUGAAAGCUGCAGGGUGGCAAAACAUGAAGGUGGAGCCACUAGACAUGUCACAGAAGAAGGAGAUCAUCAUUGGGUAUCUGGAGGGAGUGUACUCCAAGACUUUGAGUGAUGAGCAGAAACAGCUGAUGAUCGAUGCCCCCCAAACCAACAAUCCCCUGUACUUGCGGUCCCUCCUGGAUGAGGUGAGAGUCUACGGCAGCUUUAGAACCCUCACAAAGAAGAUCCAGGAAUACUUGUUGGCUGGGAACCCAGGUGACUUGUUUGCCAAGAUUCUUGAAAGGCUGGAGGGUGAUUUUGAAGGUGUAGAUCAGAGGAAAGGCCUUGUGAAGGACACCACCACGGCUAUCUGGUGUUCACACCGAGGAAUGGCAGAGGGAGAGAUGACAGAGCUUCUAGAUGUGCCAAGUGCAGUGUGGUCUCCCUUCUAUCUUUCAUUGGUGGAGAACUUGGUCAAUCGCAAUGGUGUCGUAAAUUUCUUCCAUGACCACCUGCGUCAGGCUGUAGAGAAGAAGUACCUGAGUACUCCAGAGGAGAAACAGGAGAGUUUUAAACGACUGGCAGACUAUUUCUCCACCAAAAGUCUGGAUGAACGUGUGGUGGAUGAGCUGCCCUUCCUACUCGGGAAGGCGGGAGAGCUGGAGCGACUCAAAGACACCAUCAGUGACCUUGAAGUCUUCUCUCGAAUGGCUAAGACAGAGGAUGGCAAAUUUGAGCUCAUCAAAUCAUGGCAACUGCUUGGAGACUACAGUCAGGUAGAGGUUGCCUACUUGACUAAAUUGGAUGAAGUGAAUGAGGAAGACAAACAUUUGAAUGAUUACACACAGCUGCUGGACCUGUUGGGCGACUUUUUUCUAGAUUUGGGUCUCUUCAAUGCAUCUAGGAAGGUGAAUGAACAGCUAUUGGAACAGCUCGAGGCAAGAUAUGCAAUAUCACAUGGAACAGUUGUAUACAAUAACAAUUCCUACAACUGGAACUAUCGCUGCAAACACCCGGAUGUCAUCAAAUCGCUCCAUCAGCUGGGAAUGGUGUGUGAGAAACAGAUGGAACUGGAGGCGGGAGUGAAAUAUUACAAAGAAGCCAUCAGUCGACAAAACAGGAUUGUGACCCCCAGUCAGAAAUUACAGCUUUGUGAGGGCUUAUUGGGUCUGGCUACUGUGUACAACCUUCAAGAGAACAAGAAGGAAUCUAAGAAGUUGUUAGUACGCUGUCUGGAGCUGGCCACCGAUGUCCUCGGACAUAACCACCACUAUGUGGCAGCCAUCUACAAUAAGCUUGGUGAAUUGUCCUACAGCCAGAACAUGUUGGACAAGGCAGUAGGCUACUUCCUCCAGGACCUCAAACUGACCCGCAGUGAUGUUGGUAUGACUCACCCGAGGGUUGCCGGCAUCCUCAGCGACAUUGCUGUAGUCUAUGACGGCCGAAAUGACCCAUUGGCUGGUCAGAUCUAUGAGACGGCAUUGGCUAUGCUGCUGGACACAUAUGGUCACUCCCAUGUAGAAGUGGCUGUCGUCAGGUACAACCUGGGAAGUUUUUACUUCGCUACCAACUACUUCGCUAGGGCUAAAUACCAACUACAGGAGUCAUACAACGUCUUUCUCUCCUUCCUGGGUGCAGAGCACCCUGACACCAAAGCUGCUAAGGAAGCUUACGAGGAGGUGGGAAAUGUUGAGUAAUACAUACUUAGCAUCAGAGUUUUGCAAUUACAGUGUAAAUGAUAUAUACAUAGAUUAAAUUUGGCUACGACUUGACAAGGUUUAAAGACUCAUUCGUAGAUCAAAUUAAAUCGUCUUGAUUGUAAUUCAGAGGACUUUUCCUUAUGUGACGCUAUGCUUAUAGUUUAAGUCUGUUUGACUAACCUAACGACGUUGUUAGUCUAACGUCAAAGAUCUCCCCAAUCGUCACUUUGAACUGUUGUUUUAGGCAAAGACCGAAAAAAAUGAAGUAGACAUAGAUAAAUUGCUGUGCACUAGUGGAUGUGUUGUGUCUAUUAUUAUAUAAUAGCGUUUUACAGUUGUAAUGCUUUUACCUGUUCGGUAUGUAAUCAUUGAUACGAAAUGAAAGAGGACUUUUUUAAGAUUUCCAUUCGACGUGAACGAUAAUAAGACUGCAGGAGAAAACAAGAAGGAAAAAAUAAAAGCUUAAUCGGUCUCCAAUUUAUCCCAAUCUAAUCCGACAUCUUUGUUAGUCCAAGCUUCAUUUUUUGUAGUUUAAUGACAAUCACUGUCAUUUUAUAUUAUAAUAUAUCGUCCCUGUCACAUAGUCUAAUUUGAACAUGAAUGUGUUAGUGGAAUCUCGUCGAUCCAAAACCUUUUUUAACGAAUUUGGUUGUUCAUGAAAUAUAUCGAAAUAUAAAAGUUCGAUGUCCUAACUGUAAUGUCUAGUACACCAAAUACCUGUCAGCAUUAAGAAAGUUCUUUUUGUAUGUACUUUUUGUAUGUACCAGAUUUUUGACAAUCACAUGCACAUUUUGUGUAAGCAGAUUUGGAUUAUGUUGUAUAUUUUUUUGAUGAUUUGCUACUCUAUUGUUGUUAUUUGUAAUUUUAUUUGUAUUCGUAGCAAAUAACAUUUUCUGUAAAUAUAUGUGAAUAUGGGUUGAACGUACUUGCUUUCAUGCAAUGCAAACAUCAGUUGUUGACAUUCUGCUACCACUAAGUCGCGGGUUCGAGGCCUACGUGGGGCAAUAGCCAGGUACUGGCUGUAGGUCGGUGUGUUUUCUCCGUGUAACUCCGGCUUUCUUAAAUGACCAUAGCUGAUGAUAGGACGUAAACACAAGCAAAAAGCGUGCUGCACUGUUAAGAAACGACUCAUGUAAAUGUAGUUUUUUGUAUUUACCUUCAUAUGUAUCACGGUACUGUUUGGAAAUCAUGGUUGCAAUGUAGUUCUGAGCCUUUUACUUGAAAUACUAUUUCGGCAAAGUUUAUUCAGAGAGUCCUCAUUUAGAUUAUUUUAUCUAAAGUCUUUCAUUGUUAAAUUACAUUUUGGGUACUAUUUUAUUCAUUAUUAUUUUAUAUUUCUAAUUUCUGCAUACAAUUUUGAUUUCAUAUGUGUUAAAUUUAUUUUUAUGUGGAAAAAAACAAAUGCCUGCACUGUUGGUUAUGAGUUAUGAGAUGCUAUCUUCACCAUAGUGUUGAAUUCAUUGAAUCGUCUUACCACGAAUAUCAGCAAAAAUAAAAAGGCUGAGAAAAUGUCCUGUAAUCAUUAUCCAUGUAUACAAUACUAUAUUCGAUAGAUGUCUGAGUUUUCAUUUUAUCAUGAUAUGUUCGAAAAAUAUUUCGAAACAAAAAUAUUACGGAUAGCAGGGUUGCAUUUUAUUUUUGUUUUCGGUAUGUCGUUUUGAAUUCAAAACAGCCAAUUCACUCAUACGUGAAAUAUCUGUAUUCUGCAACAUCAAAAGGCACAUAAACUAGCUGAUGCUGGUAAAUCCAUCAAUGUUUUCAUCUCGCUAUCUAACGGUGUAUUGGCAGGUGUGAAAAAUGGGAAAGGCUUUGAAAGCUUCUGUCUAUUUGAAUAUACAUGUUGUCCGUAAUAUAUCGUCUACGAUGCAAUUUUCUAUCUCGUCCGAUCUGUCUAGUACCUUUACGUGACAUUUCGCGGAAUUUUUACACUGCGAUGUAUUCAUCCGCGCUUUAACUGCUUAACAUUGACAACUUGCAUUAUAAUUCACGUCUCUAUAUGAAGCGUUCAUGCAUUCGAGUCACUGAUACAGUAUUAAAAAUGUGUACGCUCAUACGAUGCUAUUUUAAGGGUUUCAAACACUAAUUUGUACAAAACCUUUUUCUAGGAAAUACAUUUGCAAUCACAAUGGGUAGCCACCUCAGUGUUGUCUAUGGAUGUCCGUCAUAUCCUGUUCUGAUGGUGCGAAUAGUACACAUAAACGAUAUGCAAAACUGUUCAUGUCUUCUACUUUAGUAUCAGUGCAGAUAAAAUCCACGAAGAAAAUAGGUAAAAAAUCAUCUUUUUACUUCAGUGUACGAAUGUGGUGAAAUCAGUACAUAUAUACUGUUUUCUUAGUCUCAGAAAUCACAAUAUUCACCACUGCUUGGGUUUGUAUUUUCUUGCAUCAUCUUGAAAAUAUUAAACUACGAAAUCAAAACUGUAUGCAGUAUGUAUAAAAUGGCACAGUCGGAACAGGCUGUUUGUCUGAUCUUUUACCUCCUGUUGUGUUAUGUACAGUGUACAUGCUGUUAUUGUACCCGUUGGUAUCAUAACGUUGUUUUGCUCACAUUAUGUUUUUUGGAAGCUUAUUUACAGCAAAUAAUCGUUGACUAUAAGUUAACAUCAUACCUCUCAAAUAUUUGUUCUGUGAUAUUUUGUGUAUUUAUAAAUGUUAUAACAUGUUAACUAUACUUAUAUUAUUUUUGUAUAGCUCAUACGUUUAUUUUGAGAACGUUUUACAGAUUUUCCGUAAUCUUCAACAUACAGAGUAGAUUUUUUCUCUGUAUUUUCCGUCCUUUUACGCAAUAGAAAACGAGUUAUACAUCUCUAACGGUUAUCUUUCUGACGUAAAAAAGCUUGAAGCCAAUUCUUUUUUAAAAAGUUUCCCUAUAGAAAUCGGCAUAUUUAAACAUCAAACAUCAAUACAUUUCUCAAUUUAAGGAUUCCGAUGAGUUGUAAAAUCUGCCGUUUCGCAUUUUUGUUUUUAAUACGAGUAGAAAACUUGCAGGUCUGAUAUAAAGAUCCCUUAUACCCCCCUUCCUACACAGGAAAUGGAUGUUAAGGUUUCACCGAUGUACAAAUGGACGCAUAUACUCUAUAACCUUAGUACGUUUAUACAAUAUUUUGCUCAUUGAUUUGAACAAUCUGAUUUUGUGCUAUUAUAUUAUCUUUUUUUUAUAACAUCACGAUGUCUGGCAGUUUCAAAACUAUACUCAAUUGCUAUUUAUAAAAUCUUACAAUUAUUUCCCUUUUUACUACUUUGCUUAUACGUUUGUUUACAAAAACAAAUCAAAUACAUGUGCAAUUCACAUUAUUUAAUUAAUUUGAGUACAUAUAUAUCUAAAUUUAGUUUUUAUAUAAAUUAUGUAUCCGAAGGUUUACGCGUUGAAGUUAUAUUAUAAACAUCGAAAAGUGAGCGAUGUUGCGCCUGACAUGACAUUGUCACAUGUACUUACGUACUAGUUGAGAUAAACAAAUGUUUACGUAUUGCUGAUUUGGCCUUUUAAAUUAACCAUUAGUUGCAGUCAAAUCCGUCCUGGACACUCUUCAAUUAAAUACAGAAAAAAACAUAUUAGUUUUGUAUACGGUAACAGAAUGCUUUAUCCUGGUAGAUGUAUAGAGAAUACUGUAGAAUCUGUAACGUGAUUAACGUAGGGCAGUAAAGAUUCAAACAUCAAUGGAAAUGUAGUAUAUAUUCCAGUAAUGUGUAUACUGAUGAACUCCAAUACAAGUAGCUUGGGUUUUCAAUCAGGAAGAAGUAACCUUACGGUUUUAGGUAGAAUUUUGUUUUAUAAUGCCUUCAGAGCUUGAAAUACUUUUUUGAAGUUAAUUUAAUACGUUUUAUUUUCACAUUUACUAAUAAAGAUCUAUUCCUUUGAAGAA